UCAGCCUCCGGCGUAGAGAACACGCCGUUCUGACAGUUUGAGAUUACUUUUGUCUUUUCUGGCAAGACAAAAACAUGUCGGAGACUGCUCCAGUUGCUCCUAUCACUCCUGCACCCGCAGAAAAAAUACCUGUGAAGAAAAAGGCGAAGAAGGCAGGCGCUACUGCUGGGAAACGCAAGGCAUCCGGACCCCCAGUGUCUGAGCUCAUCACCAAGGCAGUGGCAGCUUCCAAAGAGCGCAGCGGCGUUUCUCUGGCCGCGCUUAAGAAAGCGCUUGCGGCUGCUGGCUACGAUGUAGAGAAAAACAACAGCCGUAUCAAGCUUGGCCUCAAGAGCUUGGUGAGCAAGGGUACUCUGGUGCAGACCAAAGGCACCGGUGCUUCUGGCUCCUUUAAACUGAACAAGAAAGCCGCUUCCGGGGAAGGCAAACCCAAGGCCAAGAAGGCUGGCUCAGCCAAGCCUAGAAAGCCCGCUGCAGCAGCCAAGAAGCCCAAGAAAGCGAGUGGCGCCGCUACCCCGAAGAAAAGCGUCAAAAAGACUCCUAAGAAGGCAAAGAAGCCAGCAACAGCUGCUGGGACCAAGAAAGUGACCAAGAGUGCGAAAAAGGUGAAAACACCCCAGCCAAGAAAAGCCGCCAAGAGUCCAGCUAAGGCCAAAGCCCCUAAGCCCAAGGCAGCCAAGCCUAAGUCGGCGAAGCCGAAGGUUACAAAGGCAAAGAAGGCAGCUCCGAAGAAAAAGUGAAACUGGCGGGACGUUCCGCUUUGAAAAUUUAAACGGCUCUUUUCAGAGCC